AUGGCAAGCUUGUUGACAACAUCAAUCUUCACAUAUUCUCCUGUCAACAAUGGUUCAAGGAGUUUCAGAAAGCCAGGUAACUCUUCUACACAACGGUGUUGCGUAAAGGCAAUGAACAUAGAGAAACCCUUGGAAGAAUUAUACAAUGUCAGGGUGGAAAGAAAAGUUUCACCUGAAAAACUAGCUCAGCUAGGAGUUUCAAGAUGGUCAGUAUGGAAGACCGGAAAAAGCCAUUUUCCAUGGGAUUGGCAGGUAGACCAACUGGUGUACAUAGAAGAAGGUGAAGUAAGAGUUGUUCCUGAAGGGAGCAAGCGUUUCAUGCAAUUUGUUGCCGGAGACUUAAUCCGGUAUCCAAAGUGGUUUGAGGCUGAUCUUUGGUUCAAUGGCCCGUAUCAAGAACGUUAUAGUUUCCGUGCAUAUGGUGAUGACUGA